AUGGCACAAGGCUCGGACUCGGGCGCUCUCCCUCCUUCACCGUUGGGCGACCCCCAAGCCGUCUCCCUCGGCCCGUAUGACGGGAACAACUUCAUCUUGGCAGUGGCCAUAAUGACUCUGUUGUACUCCAUCUACAACCUGGUCGCCAAAUAUGGUCCACCCGCAGCCUACAACUACUGGGUCAUCCUGGGCCUCGAUAUCUUCUUCGUCGUCAUGUGGCUCUGCUCAUUUGCCCUGCUAGCAGCCCGCGUAGGGCAGUUCUUCUCCCUCGUCAAUAGCUAUUCGUCAUAUAGCUAUUACUCCCUGUCCGAUAGCGAUCUCAUCUGGCUCGCGGCGCAGGCGGCUGCCGCCGGACUAGGCGGUGUCGAGUUCGUCCUCUUCCUCGUCUCCCUAAUCAUCCACUCCAUCCACCUCCACCGGCACCGCGCCGCCGGCCUACACUGCACGCCCGGCACACCCCCCGGGCCCCGCCAGCCUACCACCAGCGCCGCCCCCGCGCCAGUCGUCAUCCACACAGACAAGGCAGGCAACCCCAUCUACCACCACCAACAACAACAACAACAACAACAACAACCCUACCCCCCACAACAACCCAUCCCCGCCCACCUCCAAGGCCAGGCCCCGCCGCCCUUCUACCCCGCCCCGGGCUACGCCCCCGUGCCCAUGACCCACAUGCAGGGCCAGCCUGUCCCCGUCCAGGGCAUGCCCAUCCCCAUGCAGCAGAUUCCGCCGCCGCAGGGCGGGUUCUAUGCUCCCCAGCCCCAUCCCCAGCAGCAGCAACAGCCCCAGCCGAUUGUGCCGCAACCCACGGGGGACAGCCAGGCGCCGCCUUCGUCGGUCGGGGGACCGCCGCAGAUGCAGCCGACGCCGCCGCCGCAGCAGCAGCAACAGCAGUAUAAUCCGCCGCGGCGAGAGGGGGGGUUGGUUCCGGGGGAGUUGGGUGCGAAUGAGUGA